AUGUUCUCCUCUGCGGCGAACCCCUACGACGAGCUCGUCACGAAGGCGACCGACGAGAACCUCGCCUCUGAGGACUGGGACACGAACCUUCAGAUUUGCGACAAGGUCGGCGAUGAGGGACAGAAUGGUGCACGAAACGCCGUAGCCGCUCUCGUGAAGCGUCUGUCGCACCGCAACCCGAACGUCCAAAUCUAUGCUCUCGAACUCGCGAACACGCUCGCUCAGAACUGUGGCAGGCCGCUGCAUGAGGAGCUCAGCAGCCGGGCAUGGACUGGUGCUCUCGAAAGGCUUAUCACAGACCGGGCAACGGCCCAGCCGGUCCAAACCAAGGCGCUGCGCUACGUGAAGGAGUGGGCGAGGCAGUUUGAGGAGACGGGAGAUGCGAAUCUCAGUCUCAUGAGCGAGCUGUACGACAGGCUUCGUGCCAAGAUGCGCCGCCGGCGAGAGGAGGAGGAGCUUGCGGCAGUCAUCGAGCUGUCGAAGAAGGAGACGGGUGGACGUGGGAGCAUUGCCAACGACAACCGGGGAUCGGCGUCAUCACAGCCUGCGCCCCAGCACCACCAGACCGCAGCCGCCGCUGCCCCCGCACAGACGCCAGCGUACAACAGCCCCUCGUACGGCAACCCCUCUUACAGCGCGACGGCGCCCCAGGCGCAAGCCCCGGCCGAGCCGCAGCCCGUUGACCCGAACACCGCCACGCGGGUGCGGGCGCUCUACACUUUCACGUCUGAUCAGCCCGGGGAGCUCUCGUUCGAGCGUGGGGAUGUCAUCAAGGUGCUGAGCCGCGGAUACAAGGAGUGGUGGCGUGGCGCUUGCAACGGCAAGAUUGGAAUCUUCCCGGUCACGUAUGUCGAGGCGCUCCCGGAGCCGACGGCGGGCGAGCUGCAGGAGGAGGCUCAGGAGGAGGCGCGAGUGUUCGGCAGCCUGGGUCUCGUCGACAAGCUGCUCGAGAUUCUCAAGAAGAUCGACACGUCUCGGGGCGACCGCCUUCAGGACAACCCCGAGGUCGAGGAGCUGUAUCAGUCGAGCGUCGCGAUCCAGGGCCAGAUCAACGCCCUCAUCAAGAAGUAUUCGGACCAGCAGGCUGAGCUCGCCAACAUGAACGUGAACUUCCAGCGCGCCAUCCAGCAGUACGAGACGCUCCGCGGCGGCCCUCCUCAGGCACCUCCCCAGCAAGCGUACGGCUACGGCGCUCCGCCCCAGGACCCCUACGCCCAGCAGCAGCAGCAGCAGCCCCAUGACCAGGGCUACCAGCAGCAGCAACCUCCCCACGACCCCUACCAGCAACAGCAGCAGCAGCAGCACCCUCAGCAGCAUUCUCAGUACGGCUCGCAGGACGCCUUCCCGCAACCGCACGUCGCUCACGGCGCCUCUCACCACAGCCUCCCCGGUGCUGGUGCCGGCGGGCAUGUCGCUCCAGGCCAGCCGUACCACUACCCGCAAGAGCCUCAGGGCCACCCUGCUCCUCAGCGCAAUACCAGCGGUGCACCGUCAUACCCGCCGGCAGACUCGCCUCAGCGCCAGAACACGAAUCCCGGCAACGCUGGCAUCGGCACCGGUGACCCGUACGCCCAGCAGCCGCAGGGAUACUACCAGCAGCCCCCGCCCCAGCAGCAGUACGGCCAGGGCCCGCCCCAGGAGAGCCCCGGCGUGUACGGUGCUCCUCCGGGCGCUUCCCAGCAGGGCCAGCAGCCGCCGGGCCAGGGCUUUAACUUUGCGCAGCAGGUGGCGGACGUCGCAAACGGCGUGAACCGGAUGAACGUGCAGCAUUAA